UUGAGGAGGAGGAGGAGGGGGGGGGCGCUCCUUUUUGUCGCAUGGGGGUCUCCAUCUGGGAUUAAAGCGAGGGCAAAGCGGGUGUGCGUUGGAUGGGCCGGUGCCUCCCCGCUGCCCCAUGAGCUCGACGACGGCGGGGGCGGCCCUGGGUGAGGGGCCCGCCGUGCCCUACGCGGUGGAGCUGGGUCUGACCGUGCUGCACACGGCGCUCUACGCCGCCCUCUUCCUUUUCGCCUACCUGCAGCUCUGGCUGCUCCUCUACUACCGAGAGCGGCGGCUGAGCUACCACACGCUCUGCCUCUUCCUCUGCCUGCUCUGGGCAGCCCUCAGGACCACCCUCUUCUCCUUCUACCUGCAGAACUCCCUGCAGGGUCUCCGCCUCCAGCAGCCCUUUGCCCACUGGCUCCUCUACUGCCUGCCCGGCUGCCUCCUCUUCUCCAGCCUCUGCCUCCUCAACCUCUAUUUCGCCGAGGUCAUAUUCAAAGUGAAAUGUGCAGCUGAAUUCAACAAGUACAAGGUCCUGUUGUAUCUGGGCUCCAUGUUUACCAGCCUCCUCUUCUUAGUUGUCAACUUAGCUUGUGCAAUGUUAAUCCAUGGUGAAGUCCCGGAGAGCCAGCUGAGGUGGACAGUCCUUGCCCGUGCCCUGGUCAACGACAGCCUCUUCAUCCUCUGUGCCAUCUCGCUGGCGUGCUGCAUGUGCAAACUGGGAAAGAUGUCUUCAGCGAACGUCUACCUCGAGUCUAAGGGAACAUCUGUCUGCCAGGCUAUUCUUGUGGGAUCUGUGGUUGCUCUGCUCUAUUCCUCAAGGGCUUGCUAUAACCUGGUAGCUGUGGCCAUAUCUCCAGACAAUGUUCCUGGUCCUUUUAACUAUGGCUGGGACAACCUUUCGGACAAGGCGCACGUGGAAGUGAGCAGUGAAGAAUACGUGGUGUUUGGAGUGGUCCUCUUCCUCUGGGAGCUGGUGCCAACGACUUUUGUGGUGCUGUUCUUCCGAGCCCAGAGACUGAGUCAGAACUUGAUGCCGGCAGGGAUGGUCAAUAGCCACAGUUACAGCUCCAGAGCCUACUUCUUUGACAAUCCGAGGCGCUACGACAGCGAUGAUGACUUGUCACGACUCGGGGCCAGGGAAGGAGGCUUGGCCACCCCUCAGUGCUCUGGCUGCUAUGGGUCCCUGGCUGGGAAUGACAGCUACGCCGUGGGUCCCCACCUCAGUGGAACGGCUACAGACGGCGGCCCCUUGCUCUUUGCCGCGGGCGGCUCGGAGAUGAAUAAUCACCAUAGCUCAUAUCCUGUACCACAGAACUGAAGAGGCUGUGAGGGCCGUUUCUUCCCAGAAGUGGCAUUCGUGUAUAGGAUUUGUAACCUGGUUUUCUCUUUCCUUCUUCCCCGAAGCAUCUAACUCAUCGACACAAACAUUCCACUACCUGCAGCAGCCGUAAGCGGGACCGAGCCUACGGCUGCAGGCAGUAAAGCAAAAGAACUGUGACUUUUUAAGGUACCAUUGUAGCAAAGUGAAGCUGAACUCUCUGGAAGCUUUUUUUCUUGGUCUGGUCUUCAAGAUGUUGGCAGCUAAAUGCACCAGAGCUUCCUCACUAGAAAAGAAACAUCAAAUGCAUAUUUGCACUUUUAUCUGCACACGUGGAAGGAACGGAUCUUGCUCAGGCUGGGCUUGGCCUGAGACUGUUCUAGUUACUCUUUUAAUUGCACAUCCAUAGCUGGGAGAGGCACUGUCUUCCUGCAAAGACGUGUUCCGUGAAGUACUCUGCAUCCUGACUCACUGGGGAGUGUGAAGCUCCGCUCACCGAGCAUGUGGCGGGCAGGGCCUCCUGUGGUGAAUGUUGAAGCGUACUGUGCCAUAUUCGCAGCCGGCGGGGCUCAGGCCUCUGGGAUGAGUGUGGUCUUGCUCUGGCUGCUGGUCCUCGUUCUGCCUGCUUGCUGAAUUGUCCCACCUAGGACCACGGGCUCCGAGCUUGAGCUCAAAGCAUAUCCUAGCAGAGGCCUGGAAGGGCAUUAAGAUCCCUGCAUUAUAACCACCUCACUUGCUUGUGGCGAAGGAAGAAGGCUGGCUCGUGCGGUAGCUGCUCUUGAGCAAGGGGGCAAGGCUUUAUAGGCUCCUGCCUUCCGGGAAAGCUUGGAGCUGGUCAGCAGGAGCGUGUGUGCAGGAACAUGCGUGGCCCAAAGCCCCUGUAGAACCAGCGCUGCUUUACCUGGUAGGGUGAGAGCGGCUUUGCUCCCUCCUCCUCCUCCCCCAGGGCCAGGUGCGCCCCUUCCCCUUCAGUAUUAAAUUGUGUUUAGCAGAUAACAGAGUGCUUUAACCUGCGUGAAUAUGAACCAGUGGGGUCCCCCUGGGGUGCAGGAGGUGUCCAUCUGCUUGUGGAGGCAAGAGGGAAGCAGCAGCAGGCGCUGCAGGAUGUGGUCCUGGGCUCCAGGUUCUCUCCUGCUGUGGGCCUGGAGAUCUCCCACCAGGGGAGGUGUACGUGGGCUUUGAGUGCUAGGUCAGCUGAGGAGGAGGUUUCUCUUGUCUCUUUUACCAAAACAGCCAAGUUCCUCCUGGCCUAUAGCUCUGUUGGGCUCUUGGAGAUGAGGCUUGAUGUAUUCCUGGCUUAUUCCUGAGCCUGAUAGGGGGAGGAGUGAAGCGGGUUUGGACACAGGCUUGGAUGGAGGCACUAGUCUGGGGCAGGCAGCAGCUCUGACCUCUAGUGACAACCUGAACUGGAACUUUUAACCCCUCUGAAGCUGCUCCUGCUGCUCAGACCUGAGUCAGACACUUGAAGGAUCCAGCAGGGGGGAAGGAAUUCCCUGUGCAUGGAGCUGUAAGGUCCUGGCUCUGGCGGUGGGACUGGUGGGACCUUGCAGCAGCCACAGCCUCCCCAGCCGUGUGCGAGAGAAACCCCCGGCACAGGAGCAGCCCUGGCCUCUCCUCACUUGCUGUGUGCUCACUAGAGUGGUCUGAUCACCCUGUCACCACCCUUGAUGCCACAUCUCACCCUGAGAACACCCUAUCCCUCUGCGGGGUCGGUGCUGGCUCAUGGGCUUCUCCCUGCUGACCAACUUCGCUCUCACUGGCUCUGCUUCUUUUUGGAGAAGGCUCCUUGAUGCCAACUUCCAGCACAUCCCUCUUGCUCUAGUACUUGAACCAGAGAGCUCCAACCCUACCGGCCGGGGCUCUCCUGGCUGCUCUCCCUUGCGUGGCGUAAGGGACCUGUCUCCUCGCCUCGGCCGGGGGAGUGAAAAUGGGUUGCUCCAUCUCAAUCACUGCUUGACUUAUGGCAAAGCUCCUGAAGGACUUGGAUGGGAUGUGUUGCCCUUCCUCCUUCUCCCAUAAGUCACCAAAGACGGUAGGUGACGUUAGUGGCCCCUGUUCUUGCUUAAAUUCCGAAGCACUAGGAGCACUUUAAGUAUUUCCUUUGGAGGGAAAGGAGUGUAGUGCAAAAAAAAAAAAAAAAGAAAAGAAAAAAAAAAGAAAAACAAGAAAAUAAUUAAAAAAAUUAAAGAAUUAAAGGGCUACAGGCUCCUUGUUCCUAUUGCACUGAAGCACACAGCAACACUACGAUCUUCCUGGCGUUCGGACGGCAGGUCGGGGUGGUGAGUCUCGUUGCUAAUGUACUCGUGAGCGACUGGCAAAGCGUUUUGGUUCAAUUCCUUUGUACGGAUGGCCAUUAAUUUCCAAACUCUGCCUCUGCUCCUGCUGGGGCCGGUCCCGUGUUUUACUGAAGUAAUUUAUAGCGGAGAAGUACAAUGACUUUUUUAAUGCAUAGUUGCCUUUCAUUAAACUUUCUUUUUUGUUGUUGUUGUUUUUUUUUGAUAUGGUUUAACAGUGUUUUGGCUUUGCAGUCAGGCGGCAGCUGGCUGCAACAGGAAGCUGUGGCCAAUGAAUGUACCUAUUUGUUCUUCACUAAACUGUAAUCAAGCACUACUCUGUUGAAAUUAAAACA